GCUUCAGGACAGCGAUGCGGCUCUCCAUUCACUGUGUGUAUGUGUGAGGCUGUUUAUGCCUGUUUUGAUGCUGUCUUUAUGACCUCUUGAGCCUCAUAUUGAUGACGGGCACCAUGAUGCGCAGUGUGGACUCCAGUGAGACUGAGAUCGACCUGAGGGACGCAGGAGACGGAGAGGACGACGAGGGACAGCAGACAUGGAAGACGCCGCUGGAAACUGUCCUGGAGGAAGAGGAAGAAGAUGAUUUGAUCUCCACGCAGAGCGACACCAAGCCUCUGAUCAAUGAACGUGACCCAAGACAGAUAAAUGAGUGUCUCAAGGUCAGUUUUGAGGACGUGAUAGCAGAGCCGGUGUCUGUGCGCAGUGGUGAUCGGGUCUGGAUCUGGAGUCAUGCUCUUUUCGAGGUUUCCAGGGUCUGGUUUUACCGUAUCAUCACAGCUGUGCUGGCUGUUCCAGUGUCCCUCAUCGCUGGGAUUGUGUUCGCCGUCCUCAGCUUCAUUCACAUCUGGUUCUUCACGCCAUGCGUGCAGGUUGUCUUGAUAAACACUGGCUGGUUGCAAACUUUAUGGAGUAGCGUUUUAGACAUAAUCAUCCUACCCUUCUUCCAAAGCGUAGCCAAGUGCUGCAGCGGGAUUAGUGUUGUUCUCACAAGGGAAUGAGAAACAUUCGCUGGAAUCUGUUGAAUCAAUUCAAAUGGGAAUUCACAUUGGACUUUUGGGCAGAUGUCUAGCCAUCUGACUCCUGCUGUAUGUCAAGGGGGACCAUGCAUGCCCAAAUGCUAAGCCUGAUGAAUGUCAGCUCACUGCCAAAGACUCAGAUAAUGCGGAUAUUUGGAAAUUUGUGAUGAUUUAAGUAUGCAUGUAUUUUUAAAGGGAUAGUUUACCCCCCAAAAAAAUUAUUCUGUCAUCAUUUAUUUACCUUCAGGUCAUUCAUGUUAUUUUCAUUAUCAUCAUAUUUGGUCAUAGAGGGUGGGGAACAACAUGAGGGUGAGUGAAUAUUCAUGUAGUUAUUCGGCCUCCUCUGAAUGACUUUUUUUCUUUUUCAAAUAUUUUCCAAAUGAUGAUGUGCAAAUGAACAGUGCAAGAAUUUUUUUCACAGUAUUUCCUAUAAUAUUUUUUUUUUCUGGAGAAAGUCUUAUCUGUUUUAUUUCAGCUUGAAUAAAAGCAGUUUUUUUUAAAUAA